CUUUUGCCCCUCCGCCCCUUCCCUGCGUUGCCAAUUCUGAGAAACUUGAGAGCUCGAGUCGAUGCUUAUCCAAACUCCCGUCUUCAAUCUUUCGUCUUCCUCUCGGUCUCAGUGAACUGAGAGCAUGCCUAUCGCUUCCAUCUCCGUCCUCCGCCACCGCGCCGCCGCCUCCCUCCUCCACCUCCGCCACCUCCCCUUCCCCGCCGCCGCCGCCGCCGCCGCCAGGCACCGGAACCCCAGCAACGUCUCCCGGAAGCUCCAGGGACCCAGCAAGAACUUCCUCAGGGCCAAGCAGCGCACCGUCCGGGAGUUCUCCUCCCUCUCGCCGGUCCUCUCCCCCGGCGACGAGCCUCCGCUCUCCGACUCCCAGGCGAUCGGCACGGUCGCGGCGGCCCAGGCCAACUUCAUGCGCGUGAUAGUGCAGUCCUUGCCUCCGAUCGAGGAGGGCGCUGGGGGGAUCGGGGUGGAGUUGCUGUGCGUGGUGAAGGCGGUGCUGAAGAAGAUAAAGAGGAGGGUGCUGGUGGGGGACAAGGUGUUGGUGGGGUCGAUCGACUGGGUGGAUCGGAGAGGCAUGAUCGAGAACGUGUUCCAGAGGAGGACCCAGGUUGUGGACCCUCCGGUCGCGAAUGUGGACCGCUUGCUCGUGCUUUUCUCCAUGGAGCAACCCAAGGUGGAGCCCUUCUUGCUCACUCGGUUCCUUGUGGAGGCUGAGUCUACGGGAAUUCCUCUCACGCUCGCUUUGAACAAGUGCGAACUCGUCGAUGAAGAGACGUUGGUUGCCUGGAAGUCUAAGUUACGCAGUUGGGGCUAUAGUCCGAUUUUCUGCAGUGUUGAAUCCAAAAAGGGACUUGACUCACUUGCAUUUACCUUGAGAGACCAGACGACUGUGAUUGUGGGUCCAAGUGGAGUCGGAAAGUCUAGCCUGAUCAAUGCUUUGAGAAGUAACAAUCAUCCUUCUGAUGCAGCGGCUGAUACCAAUUGGUUUGAGCCUAUUCUAGGCAGCAAAUGGUAUGAGGAUCAGCGGGUAGGGGAAGUGUCUUCGAGAAGCGGAAGAGGAAAACAUACUACACGCAAUGUUUCUUUACUUCCAUUAUCAGAUGGAGGAUAUCUUGCUGAUACUCCUGGGUUUAACCAGCCAAGUCUACUAAAAGUCACCAAGCAAUCUCUUGCGGAAGCCUUUCCAGAGAUCAGGAAGAAGCUCAAAGCGAGUGAGCCAGCUAAGUGCUCAUUCAGUAAUUGUUUACAUCUCGGUGAGCCAGGGUGCAUACUAGAAGGAGAACAUUUGGAGAGAUAUCCUUAUUACUUCCAACUCCUUGACGAGAUAAGAGUCAGAGAAGAGUUUCAACUGAGGACAUUUGGGACGAAAAAGGAGAGCGAUGUUAGAUACAAGAUAGGAGAUAUGGGGGUCCAACAAGCAGAGCCUCGAUUGGAGCCCAAGAAGCACAGAAGACAAUCACGAAAGACGAUCAACCAAUCUAUACUGGAUGAGUUGGAUGAGCUGGAUGACGACAACGACCUAUUAGAUGACGAAAAUGAUCCCAUUUUGAGAGCAUUAAGAAAUGAAAACAGCCAGUGAGCUAGCGCGGAUUUAUAAAACUGUAGAUAUUAAGCUUUUGUUUCGGCUUUAACCAUGUUGUUCUUAGCUUGACCUUUCUACUCUGAAGAUAAAUGUCAAGAAGAAGACUCAAUUUAGGGCUUAGAGGAUUCUGAAGCGUGGUUGAUGCGUCUCAAUUCGAUGAUCCUUUCAAGUUUCGAGAUUAUGUAAAAGUGGCACCAGAUCAAGAGAGACGCAAUAUGUACAGGACAAUAUGUCCAGACGGUUUUGUAGCUGCGAGUGUUUAGAGUUGUAAUCUGAUGAUGUGCUCAGCAAACCUUUGACAAUCGGAAAGAUCUUACUUUGAUU